UGAGCACGAUGCUGACAGAACAACUUGGAAUGUGGAUCUAGCUAUCUAGCUAGCUUGGGUACCGGUAGGAGUUAGUGAUGCUACGAGUGGACCACACAGAGCAACUGCCCGCGAGCUACGUAGUUAUCUUCAGGACAACUUUGCUCGUGGCUUCUUGUCCCAGCAUCGAACAUGACUCGAAGCAGUACCAUCCACUCAACUCUGAAUGUGUUGGGUCACAAAUUGUCGAGCCAAGAGUAUUGCAAAAGCUCGAUUACUCGGUCUUACUUUUCUGUCUUUCUAACUUUCCGUCGGUGAGAAAUGAUCAACAAUUCAAAGGCCGAUCAAAAGGCCCUCCAAGGGACCAAUGCUGCGGUACGUCGCCAACAAACUCUGAGCAACACCGAAACUCUGCAAAAGCACACUGCAAGGGACGGCAAUGCGACAGCUCUUGGUGGCGGCGGUGGCAUCAUGGGGUCGUUGUCCAUGAUUAUGGAGGACUUCAGCAAGCAUUUCUCGGGGGAACUCUUCUUCGAUCAUCAAGAGGAGGCAAAAGAAUCCAACCAAAGGUCCAAUCUUGCUGACUUUGGAACUAAUGAAGGUAUUGAAGUGAAUUCAACUGGUGUUAUCAGCAAAGGCUAUCUUCGUCCCUCGGAUGUUGCCAGUAUCAGCACUUUGGGCAAUGUCUCUCGCCCGGUGGGUGGAAGCAGGGAUAACGCUCAUGGUCGCAAGGGAAGGCAACCUCUUGCACCCAACCUGCCUCACCCCUUGCUCGAAUUUCCGCCUUUGUACUGGCUUCUCAAGCCAUAUCCGAGCGCUUUGGAAGGCGUCAAAUCGCUGUACAAGUUUCGAUGGCAUUGCUCAUAUCCUCUGCAGCGUCGCGUUGUCUUCAGCCAGUUCCUUCGAAAGUACAACAUCCACCUCACAGUCGGAGAACUCAUUCUCGUGCUUCCAGUUUUAUUGACUGUUGUGGGAGGGAUUGUCACCACGUUCAUCUAUCCAAGCGUGGAGCUAUCGGGCCAUUCUGCCAGGCUUGCUCUCAUCUUUGCUCUCAUCACAGCAAUGAGAAACUCAUUCCUCACCUUGCUGAUUGGCCUGCCCUUUGAGAGGGCAUUGUGGUACCACAAGCUGUCGGGACGACUUGCUUUUGUUAAUGGGAUCCUUCAUACGUACGGCGCCCUGGCUGAUAAGCUCCCCACGGCCUUCUUCCAGUUUCUUGUAUUGGAUCAAAUGAAUGCUUCUGGAACGGGUCUCAUGCUGCUUGUUGCUGGUGUUACGGUAACGUCCCUCCCUCCUGUGCGACGGUGGUGUUUCGAAGUCUUCUACUACAUCCAUGUUGGCUUCGUUGCCAUGAUGACGGCAUGCGCCUUUUACCACUCUGGAAUCCUCAUGCCAAUCUUGUCUUUCUUGUGGAUCGGUGACUUGAUAUGCCGCAAAGUUGUCAUGGCUUGUUGCCGAUACCCCCGAAAAGCAAGGCUACGUGUGAUCAGUGACACUGUGGUAGAACUGAAACUUCCCAAGUGCGAAGGCUUUGACUACAAUGCCGGCCAACACAUCUCGGUUGCUGUACCCCAAAUUGACUUGACAUUUCAUCCAUUCUCAAUCGCCACCGCUCCUCGCAUGAAGUAUGUUUCAGUUCUCAUCCGAAAAGCUGGCUCAUGGACCAGUGCUCUGCAUGCUUUGGCGAAAGAACAGCCGGAGGUAUCCGUACUUGUAGAGGGUCCCAACGGAAGUCCCAAUGUAGACAUUCUCUCGGAUACAAACAGGUACCAGUCCAUCCUGCUGGUGUCAGGAGGUAUAGGGGUGACGCCGGUCCAGUCUCUAUGCAACCAACUCAUCUACGAGCACAGCAAGGGGCUUCGUAACUUGAAGAAGAUCCGUGUGGUGUGGACCGACAGAGACCCAGUUCUCGUGAAUGAUGUAGAUGUCGUUCGCCGCAAUAUUAGACCCAUUCACCCCUCGUCUGCAGCAGAUGUGGAAAAUCAUGACCUGCGAAGCCUCGCAUCUGGCAGCAUCUACUGGGACGUUGACAGCUACGCAACAUCGAUGGCUUCAGCCCUUCUCACCCACUUUCCACCAAGUGUCCAAUCGGAUGCACAAUUGGAAAAAGAAUACUCCUCGAAUCAACAACCGCCGACUAGAUCGCGAUUGGACCGGGUUAAAGUAUCUGCAACUGCAAAGCCAUGCCCGCCCGUCAGUGCCCCUUCUGUGGGAGCUGGAGAUGACAGCACGUUUCGCGCAGCUUUUCAAAGCCCAUCAGUGCUGGAAAUCUUGGAACUUCAAGUGUACCUUAGUUCUCGAACCAACAGUGAAGAUGAUCUGCCCCCAGAAUUAGCCAACCUGCCAUUCCUUCGCACUGGGCGCCCUGAUAUCCCAAAGAUCGUUGCUGAUAUGAGAAACGAAGCGAUUGCGAUGGGACUGAAACGAGUAGCGGUCUUUCUGUGUGCUCCGGCCCGUCUAGCAAUGAUUUGUCAGAAUGCCUGUGUUAAAUUCUCUGAUCAUGAAUUGCAAUUCGACUUCCACAUGGAGUAUCAAGAAUGAACAGGAACGGUUCCGGUUUCUCGCUGUGCGUUCCGGUACAUCUCUUCUUGGUACAAGUGGCCCGGGGGAUUGAUGAAGAACAUGGAAUAGGUAAAAGGUUACUUCUAGAUACUUUCACGAUAACAAUCUCUUGUUUGUCUGUCUUCGAAGCACACUUGUUCCAGCCAAUACCUUCCGUUCUGUUGCACCGUCCUAUAUAUCGUGGCUUGCUCCGCCAAGUUGGAAGCUUCCUCUGCCAAGUUGGAAGCUUCCUCUGCCAAUGAUUUAUCGUAGAGGACAAAGUACUCCGAAGAUUGGAUACUCUCUGCACCGGGUUCGAACGGCUGAUUGCCUGGUGAAGCUCCGCACUUGUAUUUCAACAAGGCUUUCUUCGCUCUCCAAGGAGUGCCAUAUCCGCCUCUUGCGUUGACGUUGUGCACAGGUCUGAAGAGAAUUGGAUUUGCUACCUCUAGUUGGUUGGUUUCUGCUUCGUUCAAACCUCUAAAAUCCCAUUGUUGUUGUCGCGGCGGAGUUGUUGGGAUUGGCAUGAGAGGAUUCUCACCAACUAGUUCAGAUGUUGGUAGACCAGCUGUGUGGCUAUUGGGGGAAAGUACGUUAUUCCUGUUGACCACUUCUGGAAGAGGCACAUUAAGGCUUAAAUCCCCUUGGCCUGUUAAUGAGGGUGGAAAAGAAUUGGGAGUGACUAUCGCACUCGCCACAGCAUCAGGUCCAGCUUGCCCUUCACCGUGGAAGACAUGACCUCUUUCGUCUGCACCUUGGGAUGCACACUGCUCUGGAUGUGUGGGUGAGACGUACCCACCUAAAGUGAGCGAGGGGCCCUCUCGAGGCACAAUAUCAGGUUCUUCAGGAGUGCGAUCCUUGUUUUCCGGGGCCACGAUGGCUGUUGCGGGCUCAGAUUCCGAUUCCAUCUCAUGUGAAGUAUCUGCGGUUGCUGUGAUUUGUGCCGCAGGGGCUUCUUGAGACCUGCAAUCCUGUCGGGCAGGCUGAGGAGACGCCAAAGUUUCAAUCGACGUUUGACAUAGUGUUGCUUGCGUUUUGGGUGAACUGGGUUCAAACAGCUGAAAAGAGGCCUGAGGAGCAAUGGCAGCCGAUGCAGUUUGUGGAGGGCAGGGCUGUUCUGCAGUAGUUGGGAAUGCGCGUUCCUGAGCUAUGGGGGUACACAGUGAUGAUUCUUGACAACGCAUUUGGGUUGCAGUGGUUCUUGGCUGUUGUGUGGUGGCUGGAAGCGAGUCUGGUUCGGCAUAAGUUGGUGUUGCCGCGUGAUGAAGCUCCAUGUUGCCUUGUGUGGAAUCUAUGCGGGUGACUUCUUUUUCUUCUCUCAAUUCUUCCAACCAGUAUCUUCCAUGACGCCGAACACAGUGGAAGUCUGUUCGGUUUGCACCUGCCACCACACAAUACAACUGUCCCUCUUGACUGCUGUGGUUCAUUGGCCCAAUAAUGGUGCUUCCUUUGUAGUAGAACUCCAACAUGAAUUUGACCUCCAGGAGACUGGCAAAUCCUUUCUUUCCACAAAUUGAGUGGACAGGCCUGAACUCAGGUUUGCCACCAUCGCCAGCAUUGUUAAGCACAUAAACAUCAUUGCUCUUUCCUACAAGCACAGUUCCUGGUUGCACAUUUCUAGGUGUUGUCAUGGUGCCAUCCUCGGUUUGUACACCAGCAAAGCCAGGACCUACUAAUAAAGCAGGCUGUUGUUGCCCUUGAUCACCAUACAUUCCUGCUUGUUGCUGCUGCUGCUGCUGUUGUUGUUGUUGGAAAGGAGAUGGUUGUUGUUGAG